AUGUCGUCUUCUACCCCGGGUCAGCAGCAGCCAAACAACCAUCAGCAUUCUCCACGGGCGGCAUCACAACCCAAAGGCAAUUCCGUUGGUACAGCCCCUACAGCCCCUACAGCCCCUCAAAUUGAGAGGCGGGGAGAUGCUAUCACCGUGAAAGCCCCUCCAGCAGCGAGUCCUACCAGUGAGAAGAAGCUGCUUCCUGCUAAAUUGGUAGCGAGAAAAACCGUCGGCGCUACAUCUUCUAAUUCAAGGCACGAAGCCGCCGGAGCUCGCAAAACGGAAACUAAGCCCACAUUGUAUCCCAAUUCCACUGGAGAUGUUACUUCCCCAAGUCAACGGCCACUAAAACGGCCGAGGCUGUCAACCGAUGUUGACAAAGGCGAAAGAGAAGCUCACCGUCAAAGUGUCUCUUUCCCGGGGAGUAGUUCUUAUCCGCCUCCCGUGGUUACAUCGACCAACACUGGCAAUACCGGCCAUGUGCCUGUGGAAUCUUCCGAUUUUGCUCUGCGACCUAGGAAUGGAGUUUCUUCUCCUUUGGAGACGACAUCAAGGUCUACUAUAACGCAGGAAGGCCGCCCUGCAUCGAAACCUUUGCAUCAAGAUCGGCCACAUAAGCAACAAGGUUUACAUGACAAUCUUAAGAGUCGUAAAGUUCCAACUCACGACAUUAUAGACCUCACGGGGGACGAUAACCCUGAUACGCGACCUUCCAAUAAUACCGCUGAAAAUUCCAAUGCCAGUACACCAAAGCAUCGGAACCACGACGCUGGAGAGUCGAUAAAGGUGCAAGUCCCCGCAAAUAAAGACGCGGAAAAACCGCAACGAGGCGUUGUACCAGCUCGAAAGGAACAGAAUGGCGUUCGCAAGAUCAGUUCUCAGCCACUCCAUCGACCGCUCUUCCGGAAACCUCACGUUCAUAUCGCACCCCGGCCUGCACCGACAUUACUUUCGCCGAGCUCACAGGUCGCUUCACCGGCGACCAAGGCUAAACCGGCCAGCGACAAACCGGCCAGCGACAAACCGGCCAGCGACAAACCGGCCAGCGACAAACCGGCCAGCGACAAACCGGCCAGCGACAAACCGGCCAGCGAAAAGCCGACCAGUGACAAACCAGCUAGUGAGAAAUUAGUCAACGAAAAACCAAUCAACGGAAAACCAGCCCAUAGUCAGGAUCCCAAACCGCUUAUUGGAAGCCCCGCGGUUGCAGCCCCUCAGAAUGAUAGCCAAAAUCACCCGAAUAAUGAAGCGCCGGGAUCAACACAAGAUGCGCAAAGUGUUGCUAACCAUGCCUCUCCUAAACCCCCUCCAGUGACGUCUCCUGCUCCUACCCCCAACAUAAUAUCAGACGCUACAAGGAUCAACGGAGUAAGCCGUGGUCAUUUCCAGAGGGAACAAGUAGCUGAGUACAUACGUAAUGUACUUGAAAAUCCGACAAGAUUUAGCAUUCCCCCUCCAAGGAGCCCCCAAAUAGGUUUAGGUACCCCAUUACCUCGGUUGAAUUCUGAGGAAGCAUCCAAUCCCAGGUGGCGAUCGCAAAGCAGGGAAGAGUCCGACUUGUCGAGUACACAGACAGUUGGUAGGUCACAGGUGACAGAGGCACGUCCCUUAACAAAACAGCAUCAAGCUGCACCCAAGACAGCCCAGCCUACCAAUGACCAUAACAUAGCAAAGAGGUCCGCCAAUACCAUUCUCGGUGAAUCGGGGCUCUCAUCUUUAGUUCUAAACCGAGACUGGAAGCAUCUGAACCCGGAACAGAGGCGCGAGGUCUGGAUAUCUAAGCAUGACCCGGAUAAAUUCGAUUCUUAUAUAUACGGGAAACUCAACGAACCGAAUAGGCCCGGUUCUGCGUUGUUUGGUUUACCUGAAUACCAACAGCCUCCGCGACCAACUCGUCCAGCGGAAUAUUACGGCCAUAUAGACCCGCGGGUGCAUUGGACGCGUCCCCGCUCCGAGAAGUGGCAUCAUGAGAAACAAAAUGAGAUUUCCAGACGGGGAACCAGAAAAAGUAAUUUCGGCCAAGUCGUGGCUCGUACAGUUAAGCGAAGACGAGACGAGGGCGACAAGAGAAUUGACCUACCCGAUCGAGUAAAGAACAACCCGGCCUGGUUAUCUGCUUUAGAUGAACUGGACGCAAUGGCAGAUCAGUAUUAUAUGCAAAGGUGCAAGGCUCAUCAAGCUCACCAGAAGGACAUUCGACGAAAGGAAAUGGAUAUGGGAGAUAAACUCGCGGUUGCGGAUGAAGAUAGUGAUAUCGAAAUGGAUAUUGACUCAGGGGAGGCUGUUUAA